CGUACAUACGGGGCUUACGAUCUAUGUGAUACGCUGUAGCUAACGUUGAGAAACUCUGGGAAGACGGAGGCGUGCGCGACUGAGAUGGCCGAUGAUUUGGAAUCGAACAUGUCGGGAAGUCUUGAAGACAUCGCCUGCAAUGAAAGCGAUGGCGGAAAACAGUCAGAAACCACAGCACAAGAGAACGAUGGCCAGAAACAGCCAGUCAGAUCGUCUACACGUUCUAUUAAACGGAAACGUUUUGAUGACGAACUGGUUGAGAGUAGUCUUGGGUCGUUGCAAGCUGAACGACAGACGAGACGGACGAGAAUGGACGACAUGAUGAGUGAUGCGAGUCGAUGGUUACCCACUGAUGACCUCAUGUUGAUUACUGCAGUUCAACAAACGAAUGAUUUGAAGGUUGUUCACACUGGAGUCACCUUUUCUACUCCCUUUAGUCUCAGUGACAUACAAGAGAGAUGGUACGCAUUACUCUACGACCCCAUAGUCUCAAGUUCUGCUAUAGCAGCAAUAAAGGAACUUCAUCCAGAGCAAAUUGCUGACAUUCAUACAAAUGCGUUAUGGAGCAGAGAGGAGGAGAAACUGUUGACAAAUGUUCCCGCUACGAGUUCUGAUGGCUUGAAGACAUUUGAGGGUCUACUGGAAAGUCAUCUGAGUGUUUUCCAUGUGGGAAGGACAGCAGCAUCCUUACAGAAUCACUGGAAGAUGAUGAAACACUACAGACUGUUAGCAGAUCAGAAAGUCCAGCCACUAGUUCAUGGUGACACAUUACUCAGUUUUUCUGAUGCCGAAGAACAACUUGAGAAGGCAGAACAAAUAACUCCAUAUCAGGAUGCCUUAGAACAAGAACUGUCUGCUAUGGAUCGACAGGAGAAACGAACGAUUCGAAAGCUGGAGAGCGAGCUACCAAAGUGGCAGACACUAGUCGAUGGAUCAUCAACUCCAGAAUUUGAUUCUCAAACUCUCGCCGUUCUGAAAGGACGACUAGUUCGAUAUCUCAUGAGAUCAAAAGAGAUAAGUGUUGGUCGGUCUACACAAAGUAAUACUGUUGAUGUCGAUUUGUCUCUGGAGGGUCCAGCAACAAAAGUUUCAAGACGGCAGGCGUCGAUCAAGCUGAAGCCUGAUGGCGAGUUUCUCGUUUUCAACGAAGGCAAGCGACCCUUGUUUAUUGAUGGCCGACCUGUUUUGAGUGGAGAUAAAGGCAAACUGCAUCACAACUCGGUGUUUGAAAUUUGCGACUUGAAAUUUCUCUUUUUGGUCAAUUCACAACUUUUGCUGUCAUUGCAUCCAAGCAGCGUGACGUGAUUGCAUAGAGUGUAGCAGUGUAAUUAGAGUGUGAAUAUCAUGUGGAGUGUAUUUCACCUAUUAUUUAAUAAUAUUGUUGCUGUCUGCUCAGUUGCAGCAGGUAUC